CCGCCCCUUCCGUCCGCACGCCCGCCGCCCCGCCGGCCCUUCCUCUCCCACCUUCCACUCGCGGCCCGCGCCCCGCACCCGGCGGCCCCCGCGUCCUCCUCCCGCGGCAGCGCUGUCCGCGGCGGCCGGAGCGGGCCGGGCCGGGCCAGCGGGCCGGGGGAUGGCGCUGCUGGACCUGGCCCAGGAGGGAAUGGCCUUGUUCGGCUUCGUGCUCUUCGUGGUGCUGUGGCUGAUGCAUUUCAUGUCCAUCAUCUACACGCGGUUACACCUCAACAAGAAGGCAACAGACAAGCAGCCGUAUAGCAAGCUCCCUGGUGUCUCUCUUCUGAAACCGUUGAAAGGGGUGGACCCUAACCUAAUCAACAACUUGGAGACAUUCUUUGAACUGGAUUAUCCCAAAUAUGAAGUACUCCUUUGUGUACAAGAUCAUGAUGAUCCAGCCAUCGAUGUGUGUAAGAAACUGCUUGGGAAAUACCCGAAUGUUGAUGCUAGACUAUUUAUAGGUGGCAAAAAGGUUGGCAUUAAUCCUAAAAUUAAUAAUUUGAUGCCAGGAUAUGAAGUUGCAAAAUAUGAUCUCAUAUGGAUUUGUGAUAGUGGGAUAAGAGUCAUUCCAGACACGUUGACUGACAUGGUCAAUCAAAUGACGGAGAAGGUGGGCUUGGUUCAUGGGCUGCCUUAUGUAGCGGACAGACAGGGCUUUGCUGCCACAUUGGAGCAGGUGUAUUUUGGAACUUCACACCCAAGAUCCUAUAUCUCUGCCAAUGUCACUGGCUUCAAGUGUGUGACAGGAAUGUCUUGUUUAAUGCGGAAGGGUGUGCUGGAUCAGGCCGGAGGGCUGAUGGCCUUUGCUCAGUACAUUGCUGAAGAUUACUUUAUGGCCAAAGCAAUAGCCCACCGAGGUUGGAGGUUUGCAAUGUCUACUCAGGUUGCCAUGCAAAACUCUGGUUCAUACUCAAUUUCUCAAUUUCAGUCCAGAAUGAUCAGGUGGACCAAAUUGAGAAUUAACAUGCUUCCUGCUACGAUAAUUUGUGAGCCGAUUUCAGAAUGCUUUGUUGCCAGCUUAAUUAUUGGGUGGGCAGCCCACCAUGUGUUCAGAUGGGAUAUCAUGGUCUUCUUCAUGUGCCAUUGCCUGGCGUGGUUUAUAUCUGACUACAUUCAACUCAGGGGUGUCCAGGGUGGCACACUGUGUUUUUCAAAACUUGAUUAUGCGGUGGCUUGGUUCAUCCGUGAAUCCAUGACAAUAUACAUUUUCUUGUCGGCAUUAUGGGACCCUACCAUAAGCUGGAGAACUGGCCGCUACAGGCUGCGCUGCGGAGGGACAGCAGAGGAAAUCCUCGACGUGUAACGAGAGCCUUGGGACUGCGCACAGAGGAUGGAACAGAAGUAUUAUAAAUUAUGUUUAUAGAGAUGCUUUUAAGGAUCUACCUUCAGUAGUUUUAUCACAUGUAUGUUUUGGUAUCUGCUCUUUAAUUUAUUUGCAUGGCACUCGUCUGUGAAAAGGAAAAACAAAAACAAAACAGGUCUGUAGUCUUGGCCAAUAGUAUAUUUUGUGGAAGUAGAGAAUCAAGGCAAUUGGUUCUAGGAAACUGGUUUUUUUGUUGUUGUUGUUGUUGUGUUUAUUUUUUAAAACAAGUAAAUAUAUAUAUUUAUAUAUAUGCAUAUAUAUAUAUAAAUAUACACACACACACACACACAUAUACAUGACCGCUCUGCAGCAGACACUAUGACAGUAUCCUUCAGUAGGGAAAGUUUCUUACCUGAGUGUACUCACUCUGCGAUCUGUAUGGGCAGGACAAUAGCAGCUCUGUGAGAGAAGGGGACAGGUCAUGGCCUCCCCCCUGUGUGAGGUGAAUGAUGAUACACAGGGAGGCGCUGACUGAGAAACUUUCUCAUGCUUUAUGCCUACCUCUUGUAGUUGUUGCAGAGCAAACAGAAGUUAGAAGUUGUGAUACGGUAGCUAGGCCUUGCAAAAACAAAUGAAAAACUUUAAAAAGUAAUAAUAAUAAUUAUAAAAGAGCUGGAGUCUAGUAUUUAUGUAUAAGAAACUUUUUUUUGUCCUUUUUUUUUUUUUUUUUUUUUUGUCUCACUGCAAUGAACCAAAAGUGGCUGAGAUUGGUUUUUAAUCCUAACCAUGAAUUGAAGGCAUCUUCCGGACCAACUGUUGUUGGUUCUGUCUUGAACCAUGUUAAUCACUGUGCUGUAAUUAGAAGAGCUGACUCCUUCCUUCCGUGCUCCUCGCCCAGCCUGCCCCGUCUUUCCUCAGCUUUUUUUCAGGGUGGGGGUGGGGGCGACCUUGUUCUAGUGUUAGUGGAUGUUUUGAUAGUUGUAAGGAAAAUGCAUUUCAGACACAGUUCACAGGAGCUAUUUUCUUACCCAGUAUGUCUGUAUUGUUAAUAAGAAUGUAAUUUCAUGAUAUAGGUAUUUAAUAUCUUUUUUAAGUAAGUAAAUAUUCUAGCUAUCAGUAAAUAAAUUACAGUAGAGAAUUAAGAGAGAACGUGAUGAGGUUUGCUCUUAAAAAUCAGUCUGUUAUCUAACUGAGUCUACUGUGUGUGUGUUGUUUAUUUGGGGUUUUUUUCUGGUUUUUUUUUUUUUUUACUACAAUAGUCUAGUCUUAUUUAAAUUGGAUUUUUGUAUUCCGUUUGUAUGACCGUAGACUAGGUCAUUCUAGUUGUAAAUGCAUGCUUUUACUCCGCUCUUCUCUCCCUGUCACUCAGCUAAACUUGCCUGUCGGCCUGUGCUUAACCUGUGGUGAACUGGACUUUUGUUUAAAAUAAGCAAAAAAAUGUAAGGGACAGUGCAUCAGCCUUUCUCUCCCCCCCCCAUCUGUUUUUUUUUUUAACACGGUAUUUUGCUUUUCCUUCUGAACUUGGUGGCGAUGUUGUCCAUCCGAUGCCUGCCGCUAACACCAGCACUGUGGCAGCCUCACACCCGAUGUUACUGUGGCUUCCGUGUCAGUGCAUAGCCCGUAGCCUGUUAGCAAUAACUUCCUACUGAUAGUGGACACUUCAUUCUACUGAGCCAGCCCAUUUGCCUAAUGACUAUACUCACGGUCUAAAUUGCAAUAUGUCUGUAAAUGUGUAUAUACUAUAAAUACGCACCAUGCCUUUUUCUGGGCCAAACUGCAUUAUCCUCCCUUCCCUCUUUCCCCCCUGGCUUCCCCCUCUCCCCCCCCCCUCUGUCUCUGUGUCUCUGUCUCUGUCUCUGUGUCUCUCUCUGUGUUUCUCUCUCUCUCUCUCUCUCUCUCUCUCUCUCUCUCUCUCUCUCUCUCUCUCUCUCUCGCCUUAUGAUGAAUUUGUUUGAAGGGCAUUUUCUUUAUGAGCAAAGGCUUGGAUGCAUCUUCCUUAUUUUUUUUUUCUUCUGUGAAAUAGGUAAUAUUGUCCCCCGAGGAGAGUUGCACAGUGAAAACCAGUCUGGUUAUGACCCACUAUGUGUUUAUUUUAUUGUUUUUUUGUUUGUUUUCUUUGUCACUCUUCCAUGAGUUGAGGUUUGCUGAGCAUGUUUGUCAUUUGUCCAUUAUAGUGGAGUUUGGUAGAUGCCAUCCUUUGCACUGCUGAAGUGAAAUCUUGCUGACUACUUAGCUUUUUUGUUGAUCUCAGUAUGGGCAAAGAAACAAAAUCCAAAUGGCUGGACAAACUUCUUGUGUUCUGUAAAUAUUUUUUUAAAAUGUUCUGUAUGUGUUUUAUGUGGUCAUGGAGUAUUUCCUUAAAGCGGAGCUUCAAGUACGCAGAGAGUAACUCUUUGUUUAGCAAGUUUGGAGUGAAGAUAAAAUAGUAAGAAAUACUGUAAAUGUCAAAGUAUCACAGCAGAACUGUAGGAGUCCAAAUUUAUAAUAAACUGUCUUUUUAAAAAAAACAAUUAAGUGUCUAGAAUAUAUCAUGUUUUAUUAUUUAAAAUCAUUGUCUUAAGUUUUUUUUGUUCAUAAAAUAAAAAUUUGAAUACAAUCAA